UUAUUGCAGAAACUGACAGCCUGCCUUCUGAGCCUCUCGCGUUCACUGUCUUCCUGUGCCGUGGAUUUCUAAAACAGACAGAUCGGAAUUGAUUAUUAUUUUAGAUUUAGAAAGAAGCCGCGGCUGGAAUAAAUCAAUAAAUAAAUAGAAAUCCUUGAAUAAAAAUGGGCAAAGUGAAAGGCGGAAUGAAGUGUGUAAAAUAUCUCCUUUUUAUCUUCAAUUUCAUAUUUUGGGUGGUCGGGUCUCUGGUGCUAGCUAUCGGUCUCUGGCUCAGGUUCGACUCCACCACCACCUCCAUCUUUGAGGUAGACAGUUCACCCACCACCUUCUUCAUAGGGGUGUACAUCCUGAUCGGAGCCGGGGCGCUCAUAAUGCUGGUGGGCUUCUUUGGGUGCUGUGGAGCUGUCCGGGAGUCGCAGUGCCUUCUGGGAUUGUUCUUCGCCUGUAUCCUGGUGAUAUUCGCUGCUGAAGUGGCUGCUGGUGUGUUUGGAUUCCUGAACAAAGAUAUGAUCGUCAAGGAGAUUCAGGACGUGUACGUUUCAGCUGUGGAAAAUUUCAAUCAGGAUUACAGCAGCAACCACACCCUGACAGUCUUUCACGAGGCGCUUAAAUGCUGUGGGGAUGGAAAAUCGGACAAGAACACUAAUGUUCAUAAAACCUGCACUGAGCAUGAUAACAAAAGCUGUGUAGCUGCGAUAGAGGAGUUUUUCAAUGGUAAACUGUACAUUAUCGGAUACGUGGGGAUUGGAAUCGCUGGUGUAAUGAUCAUCGGGAUGGUGUUCAGCAUGGUUCUGUGCUGUGCAAUCCGAAACUCACGGGACGUGAUCUAACCCCCCUCCCCUCGGCCUGCGCGGGACCCCCUGAACCUCUGAAACAGGCCCCCGCCCCGCGGAGCGACCCAGCACGGGUCACAGCAGGGGGAGCGCCGGCUCACACCACAGCAGGCAAACACACACAGACACCAGCACAACAGACAGCAAUACUAAAAGACCCUUUCCACGACGAGAGAUUUUACUGCUCUGAGUCUUUCUCACUGUCUUCAGUCAAAGGCCAGUCGUUUGUUUGCGGUGGAAUUGGAUCGCGUUUCUCUUAGUAGUUUUGGAUCCCAGCUUUACCAGCAAUGGCAAUGCAAUGGACAGUCCUCAGGGAGUGAGCUGACUCUACUGCCUAUGUGCUCUUGGAGGGAGUGUACUUACUGGUACGCAUUUCUCUUUUGUCUAGAUUUUUGUCAAUGAAUGCUUGAAAUGUUUGUCGCAGAUUUUGUUUGGCCAGUUUCUUUAGUGUUACUACAAAUCUCACAGUGCUUUAUAGGUAUGGAUGUCCGCCUAGAGGUCUAGAAGGGAAACGUUGUACCCCAAAUUCCCACUGUCUUUUUUUGUGUUGUGGAGACAGCAGCAUACAUGCACAGCACUGGGGUUCGCCUUGUGUAUUGAUCUGCCCGACCCUGAUCACAUUCCACGUGUUUAUCUCAUUGUAGCUGCCCCUUAGCACAGAACCAUUGCAUUGCCAUUCCACUUGCAAGAGCAUACUUUUAAAAAAUAAAAAUAAAAAAAA